UGCUCUGAAAAGUCAGAAGGAGGAACCUCUCCAGCUUUGAGGAGUCAGUCAAUCAGGAGGACGCACAGCUAGAGGAGAGGAGUGGGAAAGGGGGAGAGAAAACACUGACACUGGCCGCUGAGGAUGCACUGGCAGUCAAGAAAUACUCCCCAUGUCCACUGCUAGGUUGGUGCUGGGAUGGAUGGAGUGACGGAGCUACCUGAGCCAUGAAAGCAGGAGCCGACAUGACGAUUGCUGGGAAGACCGUGUGUGUUUUUGUGCUGCUUGCCAUCGCCAAGGUCACGAGAACAGUAGGCAACAGCAGUGUGUCAGCGACAGUAGGUAACAGCUUUGUGUUCGCCUGCCCUCCCAGAUCAAACAUGACUAUGGUAACAUGGAAAAUAAACCCCAAGGCUGGGGGCCACUGCACCUUGGGAUACAGGGCUGAUCAGAACAAGACAGACAGAACAAACUGCAGUGACGGCAUGGACUGGAAAUUCAGACCAGAUCAGAAUCCUGCCCUUGAGAUAUGGAAAGUGGGAAUAGCUCAUGAGGGAGAUUACACCUGCGAACUAGUAGGAACAGACGGGAAUUUCCACGAGGUGUACCAGCUGACCGUGCUAGGUAAGGGACUCCUUCCUCAUUUUACAGUUCUCCAAAGGACCGUGGCUGGGCCUGGACAUACAAAGCUCCUCUCCCCAUGCACCGGGGGAAGCGUGCUGGGUGGUCUUACCCAGACAGUUAGAGAGGACCCAUUUCCUCUUAUGCUGGCAUUCAGAUACACUUUAAACCACGUGUACGAUGGCCACUUAGCACAAAAGUCUAAUUCAGCCCUGUAUUUGGGAUACUUCCCUGCCACAAUGCCCAGGGAUACCUCCUCUAACAGUACAUGGCUGUGGCCCGUGUGCGAGGCAGCGGCAGGGAAGCCGGCUGCUCAGAUCUCGUGGGUCCUCGAGAGCAACUCCACCCUCGAGGAGGAAGGCCAUGACGACGGGACAGUGACUGUUCUCAGCAAGCUCACAGCAUACAGCACCAACAUGACGCAUACAACCUGCAUUGUGUUCCACCCAGCUGGGAACCAGAGCAAGUCCAUAACCUGUUAUCCCUCAGAGAGCGACAGAUUUAUCCUGUAUGUCUCCAUCAUUCUUUGUUUCCUGAGCAUUAUCAUCUUCAUGGCUGUCACUUACCAUCUUAAGCUCCACAGUGACAGACUGUGCCACAAACCCAAACCUCCUGAGAUUGCUCCUACACAUUCCACACAGGAUGACACAAUGGAAGUGGAACCUUAUACUACUUAUGUGCAGAAGGAGAACGUAAUUUACAACUCAGUGUCUGAUCUGACAACGGGGCAGAAUCUUCCACAAGGACUGUCGCCAGCAACAUGAAUGAUUCAACAACACUGGAAAGGGAGACACUUUAUAAAAACCUGGCUAUAGAAAGAAACUUCUCCAAGGAUUUCUUCAGAUUUUGGGGCAAUGUAUCUCACUAGGUCUGUUCAAACACCUGUGCUUGCUGAUGAGUCUGUAUAGUUCUUUUAUUCCCUGUUUUGCCUUCUUCCUUGGGAAAGGAAACAGGUUUCCUGUUUUCCCUUGGGAAAAUGUGACUGACCCAAUGCCACAAUUUUUCCUAGAAAAGGUGUUGUGAUCAGUCUUCCCUUUGCUGUUCUUGCCUUGGAGAUCCUAGUUUUGUCAGUCACUUUUAGGCAUUACUUUGAUGCACUUGACACUAUGUUGCACACAUUUGGGAGACAGGAGUGUUGUCUGAACUAAAAUCACACACUCUUCAACCAACAGCCACUUUUUUCUAAUUCACAAAUUACUAACGUAGCAGCUUGAGUACUGAUCAUCACAUAAUAGCUCAAAUUGGUAAGGGAAGACCUUUAAUCCCCCAGUUCUGAAAAUGGCAAUGAGUGAUGAAUUUAGAAAGUCAUCCGCUAAGAAAGAGACUUCACUAGCAUGAUUAAUUUACUUGUUAUGUUCACAUUCAGUAUUUCCACUAAAUGUGUGCAUUCUGUAUUUCAGAUUGUUAUGAUUACUUUUUCAUAAGAUUCUCUGAAGAUAUGGUAUUAAUCUCUUUCUUAAGAAUAUUGGCAUUAAGAUACUGUAAAAAAUUAUGUUACUUAAGUCUGGUAAGCUACUUUAACAGAAAGAAACUAAAAUAUUUCACAAAACAAACCAAGUUCAACUGUAUCUUCUAUAACUGUGCAAUAAUGUACAAAAAAGAUAAAAUGCUUGCUAAUUCUAGUCAUAUUUAUUUUAACUACCACAACCGAAGAUUUUUCAUUCAUAUGUCUAGAUGGUUUAUUGAUAUUCUUUUAAAUAUACUUGCAAGUUCACUUUUUUGUAUGUAAAUUAGCUUGUAUAUCUUAGUGUGUCUCAUGUUGAGGUGACUUCUUCUCACUUUUCCAAAAUACUCUUUGGGAAUAAGUCAAAUAAAUUGUCUUCUAUAUACUAGCAGUUCUCAAAAUUUUUGGAUUGAUGCCCUACUAGCUAAAGUAUGAAUUGGCUUUACAGUAAGAGUAAAGAAACCCAUUUUAAAACCUCU